AUGAAGGUGAACAAGAAAUACUCCUGUCUACCUGCUGAGGAGAAGGGGAUCCACAUUAUCAACAUCCGAGCUAUUGAAGAUAUAGGAUACGACCAGCAUGAGAGUACUUUAUUAAAUUCCCUAUCCAAAGAUCCAGAUGCUGACUGCAAAUAUGGACUCUACUUCAGAGAUGGCAAGAGAAAAGUCGACUACAUCCUAGUUUAUCAUUACAAGAAGUCCUCGGCAGGGAAGACGCUCACCAGGAGAGUUCAUCACAAUGAUUCAAGUACCCGAAGCACCAAGCAGGACCAGCCACUUCCCGGGAAAGGAGUGCAGCUGGAAAUGGGGGAAAGUGAACCCCAUGUGGAUUACCACGAAGACGACAAGCGGUUUCGCAGGGAGGAGUAUGAAGGGAACCUUGUGGAGGCUGGUCUGGAACUGGAACACGAUGAGGAUACUAAAAUCCAUGGGGUUGGAUUUGUGAAAAUACACGCACCAUGGAAUGUCUUGUGUCGAGAGGCAGAAUUCCUUAAGCUCAAGAUGCCCACAAAAAAGAUGUAUCAGAUCAAUCAGACCCAUGGUCUUCUGAAAAAGAUUAACUCCGUAAUUCAAAAAAUCACAGAGCCCAUCCAGCCAAAAGUAGCAGAACACAAACCUCAGACGGUGAAGCGCCUCUCCUACCCCUUCUCCAGAGAAAAACAGCACCUGUUUGAUUUGUCUGACAGAGAUUCCUUCUUUGACAGCAAAACGAGAAGCACUAUAGUUUAUGAAAUAUUGAAAAGAACGACAUGUACCAAAGCAAAAUAUAGCAUGGGGAUCACCAGUCUGCUUGCCAAUGGAGUUUACAGUGCUGCAUAUCCUCUGCAUGAUGGUGACUAUGAAGGUGAAAAUGUGGAACCUAAUGACAGAAAACUCCUGUGCGAGGAGUGGGCGAGCUACGGGGUCUUUUAUAAAUAUCAACCGAUUGACCUGGUGAGAAAAUACUUUGGAGAGAAGAUUGGACUAUAUUUUGCCUGGCUGGGAGUUUAUACACAAAUGCUUAUUCCAGCUUCGAUUGUCGGGAUUAUCGUUUUCCUGUAUGGCUGUGCAACUGUGGAUGAGAAUAUACCAAGUAUGGAAAUGUGUGACCAGAGAAACAACAUCACCAUGUGUCCCCUAUGUGACAGAACAUGCAGCUACUGGAAGAUGAGCUCCGCUUGUGCAACUGCUCGCGCAAGUCAUCUGUUCGAUAACCCUGCAACUGUCUUCUUCUCAGUCUUCAUGGCUCUCUGGGCUGCCACCUUUAUGGAACACUGGAAGAGAAAACAGAUGCGUCUCAACUACAGGUGGGACCUGACUGGGUUUGAAGAGGAGGAGGAGGCAGUCAAGGAUCAUCCAAGAGCAGAAUACGAAGCGAAAGUUUUAGAAAAAUCACUGAGAAAAGAACACAAACAGAAAGAGAAGCAUCGAUAUUUUCCAGAAGAGACAGCAAACAAAUGGAGACAAAGAGUUAAGACAGUCAUGGCUGGGGUGAAAUUGACAGAAAAGCUGACAUGGAAGGAUCGUUUUCCAGCCUAUUUUACCAAUUUUGUUGGCAUUAUCUUCAUGGUUGGGCUGACGUUCGCCAUAGUCUUUGGAGUCAUCAUAUACCGGAUCUCCACGGCAGCAGCGCUGGCAAUCAGUUCAACGCCCUCGGGCCGCUCAAGCGUUAGGGUCACCGUCACUGCCACCGCGGUCAUCAUCAACUUGGUCGUCAUCAUCAUCCUGGAUGAAGUGUACGGCUGCAUCGCAAGGUGGCUAACUCAGAUCGAGGUGCCAAAAACUGACAAGAAUUUUGAAGAGCGGCUGAUUUUUAAGGCUUAUGUCAAUGCCUACACGCCCAUUUUCUACGUUGCUUUCUUCAAAGGCCGAUUUGUUGGACGUCCAGGAGACUACGUCUACAUUUUCCACAAAAAAAGAGGGAUGGAGCAGUGUGCUCCGGGCGGUUGCCUGAUGGAGUUGUGCAUCCAGCUCAGUAUCAUCAUGUUGGGCAAGCAGCUGAUUCAGAACAAUUUAUUUGAGAUUGGCAUCCCAAAAAUGAAGAAAUUUAUACGAUAUAUGAAAUUAAAGCGCCGGCAAACUUUAGACCAUGAAGAGCACAUGAAAAAAAAGCAGCGUUAUGAAGUGGACUACAACCUGGAGCCUUUCGCUGGACUCACCCCUGAAUAUAUGGAAAUGAUUAUUCAGUUUGGGUUUGUAACGUUGUUUGUUGCAUCCUUCCCACUGGCGCCUUUGUUUGCGUUGUUGAACAACAUCAUUGAAAUCCGUCUAGAUGCAAAAAAAUUUGUGACUGAGCUGAGGAGACCGGUAGCAGUCAGAGCAAAGGAUAUAGGAAUCUGGUAUAAUAUCCUCAGAGGUAUUGGAAAGCUUGCUGUCAUAAUAAAUGCAUUUGUGAUCUCAUUCACAUCCGACUUCAUUCCACGCCUCGUGUACCUGUAUAUGUACAGUGAGAAUGGCACCAUGCAUGGCUUCGUGAACCAUACACUAUCCUCUUUUAAUGUCAGCGAUUUUCAAGCAGGAACAGCUCCAAACGACCCCAUGGAUCUUGGCUACGAGGUUCAGAUAUGCAGAUACAAAGAUUAUCGAGAACCCCCCUGGUCCGAAAACAAGUAUGAUAUUUCAAAGGAUUUCUGGGCUGUCCUAGCAGCAAGAUUAGCAUUUGUGAUAGUUUUCCAGAACUUGGUCAUGUUUAUGAGUGACUUUGUUGACUGGAUUAUCCCAGACAUUCCCAAGGACAUUAGUCAGCAGAUUCAUAAAGAGAAAGUUCUCAUGGUGGAAGUCUUCAUGAGAGAAGAGCAAGGAAAGCUGCAAAUGCUAGAAACCUGGAAGGACAAGGACAGGAAAAAAGGUGAAAACUGUAACAAUCACAGCCCCAGACUCUCCAGGAGCCACAGUGGGAGCUUGUCCUCCUGCCAUUCGUACCCUCUGGACAUAUAGAAGAGGAGGGAGCUGAGUAUGUCGGGGCAUUCCACUGAUAAGCCAUCGCGGAAAGGGCAGGACUCGGUUAACGGACAACCUGGUGCAUGUUGAAGGAUGUGCUGCCAUUUUGCUCCCAUCUUUGUGAGAAAUGCUCUUCUUACAAACAUGGAGGACCACGUUCUAUUUCUGAUAAUGUUGGGCUUUUUUUCUUUUUGCACAAGCAGUAAUGCAGGGAAUUUUUAUAUUUCAUCGAGAGAUAACACUAUGGACGGUGGUGUG